GGAGGAGGAGGAGGAAGAAGAGGCGGCGGCGGCGGCAGGGGGGGGGGUCCCGGGCCCCGGUAUGGUGCAGCGCGGUACGCGGGGCCGGGGCGCGGAGGCUCGGCGGGAGCCCUGCGCCCCGUUGCCCACCCGCGACGCCGAACCCGCCUGGUGCAAGACGCCGAGCGGGCACAUCAAGCGGCCGAUGAACGCCUUCAUGGUGUGGUCGCAGCACGAGCGUCGCAAGAUCAUGGACCAGUGGCCCGACAUGCACAACGCCGAGAUCUCCAAGCGCCUGGGCCGGCGCUGGCAGCUCCUCCACGACUCCGAGAAGAUCCCCUUUGUCAAGGAGGCCGAGCGCCUGCGCCUCAAGCACAUGGCCGACUACCCCGACUACAAGUACCGGCCACGGAAAAAGGGCAAGGUGGGCACCGGCGCGUCCCGCCCGCGGCUCCCGGUGAAGAUCAAACCCUCCGUGCUAGGCCGCGUCUCCGCCGGCCGCAGGCAGCCCGCCAAACCGCCCGCCGACCCCGACGCCCCGCAGGAACCCGCGCCGGAGGUGCCCGUCGAGGACUGCCCCGCGGCGCCCGGCACGGCCGCCCGGCACGCGGCACCCGCCGGGGAACGCGGCCCCCAGGAGCCCCCCGCGCCCCCGAGCCCCGCCGCCGCCUGCCCCGAUGCGGGGAGGUCCCCGGAGAGCGGGUCCCCCUCUCCCAUGUCGGCCGGGUCCCCUCCCUCCUCCUUCAGCUCCUCCGAUGAGGAGCUGGAGGAAGAGCUGCUGGGGGUCCUGCCCGGGCGGGCCCCCGCCGGUGCCGCCUGCGGCACCCUGGACUGGUCCGUCUUCGACAAGGACCACGACCUCUUCCCGCGGGGAGGCUCCUCGCACUUCGAGUUCCCGGACUAUUGCACGCCCGAGGUGACGGAGAUGAUAGCGGGGGACUGGCUCAUGUCCAGCAUCUCGGACUUGGUCUUUACCUACUGAGUCCCGCGCUCUGCAGGUAAUGCUCUUUUUUUUUUUUUUUUUUUUUUUUUUUGUCCCCCCCCACAAUCAGGUCGUAUCAAAAAAAAAACCCACAAAAAAACCCACAACAAACCCCAGGAAAAAAAAAAACAUAAAAAGAACCGAAACCAGCUGUUUACAUGCAGGAAUCAGGUAUUUUGCCUUGAAGGCGCUGGAAGGCAGAGCUCCCUGCUCACCCCACCCCCCCGGCACACACCCACUCCUCAUCCGUCCGUCUGUCCGGCUCUCGCCUCACGACCGCCGGACACGUGGCUGGCCACCACGGUUAUUUGCCCCUGAAAUGCGAGCAUCUAACCGGGUUUUUCAUUGUCAGCGCCCAGCCCCUUCCCCCUGCGGCUCCAGCCGCUGCGGUGCUGCCGGCCAUGGCUGCUCCCGGUCGCUGCCAUCCCCGCUGGCGGCUGCCCCGUGUUCCCUCCCGCUCUGCGGGCAACGGGAGCACCCAUGCCACCCUCGGCUCUCGGUGCCCAUCCCGCCCUCCCCAUUCCUCAGGGAAUGGCCGAUUCCUUUUGCUUUUUGACUGCAUUUAAAGUACGGCUUCAAUUUUCUCCUCUUCCUUGUUGCAGCCCUUGGGGAGGGAUCCCCGGCUGCGCCGCGUCCGGGGGCGGCAGAGCCAUGCGGAGCCCUCCCUGCCUGACGCCUCGUUUUGGGGGGGGGGGUGUCUCUGGCUUCAGGGGUUCGGUGUCCCACAGGAACGGCUCUUUCCCCGCGGCGCGCGCUCCCCGCCGCUCGCUUUGGGAAGAGCGAAGUUGCGCGCACGUGAUCCGCACGUGGACGCGGGAGGCUGUGUUGUCCCUCUCGCCAGGCGGUUGUGCGGAGGAGGUUGUGCCGCGGGGGGAGCCCCUGCCCGUAGGCACCCCGAACCCCGGUGGGGAUGACCCCUUCCCAAAGCAGCCAGCCCCCAUUUUAGCCUUGGACGCGGUGUCCAUGCAGGACCCGCUCCGGGCUGGCUCCCCUUGGCCGGUGGAGCCGGGUCCCAGCGUGCCCGGCCGCGGUGAGCGAUGCUGCCGGGGUGGCAGGGAGCGGGCAGGGCAGGGUGGCUGGCAAGGGAUGCUGCGGGAAAUCUGCCUUAAGCAACCACCCAAACGGGGCCGAGGGCAGCGAGAGCCGACGCUGGUGGGCGCGCGGGGUGUGGGCGAUGCUCCGGCGCGGCGUUCCACCGCGCCAAGAGCAGGGGCAUCCCGGCAAAAUCGCUGCCAAGGAGCUUCCCGGCAGGGAAGGUCCUGCUGCAGCGACUCUUCCAGCUGGGUUUUUCUUUGCUUUUCCUAAUGGCUCCUUCCUGCAAUGAGCUGCCUCCUCCCGCUGCCGGGGAGCACGUGGCUGCAGCGCCGGCUCGGCGGCCGCCGCAGGCUGCGUUUGUGGGGCAGGGGCUGCGCUCGGGUACGGCCGUGCUGCGUGGGGUGCCGGUGGGGACCCCGGUCACCUCGAGCUGCCGGCCUUGGGGACGUGGCCGUGGCGGGGGCUGGCAGCACCCGGAGCUGCUGUGCUGGGCUCGGCGGGGACCGCUGCUUGAAGCAGCCUCUGAGGUCCCCCCACGGCCCCGAUUCCCGGGGGGGUCUGGGUGUGUGGGAGCCCUUCUGACCCGUCCCGGGCAGUGGGGGUGCCGGGGGCAGAGGGGCACCCACUCCCCGGGGCUCUGCCUCCCUGUUUUGGGGCUGCCGGUUCCUCCGGUCACAGGCUGCCCCAUGCCUGCCCAUUGCCGUGGGGCCGGCCGGAGCCGUGACCAGGGGAAGGGCAUCCCCCUCCUCGCCCCUCCCGGGGCUCUGGCAGCCCCCCAGGGUGGCUCGGAGAGGGGGACAGGCCUGGCCCCGCCGCCGGAGAUGCCGGUGGCUCCGGCUCAGCCGUGGGGACAGGCACCGCGGCGCAGGGAGAGUCGCGUCCCUGGGCCCUUCGCAGGGAUGCUCGGUGUCCCCCAGCCCCGUCCCGGGUGGCCUCGGGGUCCCCUCGAGGCACCUCCCUGACGGCCAGCCAUCAGCAUUGUAGAUGUGUCGGUGUGUAGCGGUAGCUGUGCGUGUGUGUGUCGGCGUUGCGUUAGCCACGGUGUUUCAGUAGCCCCGGUGCGGGUGCCAGCCUGCGGAGGCAGGCGGGUGUCACGCAUCAGACACGUGUUCCCCGUAUAGAGCGUGUCCCCGUCCCUGCCCCCCCCCCCCCCCCCCUCACCCCCCACCCCGAGGCCGUUCCCCACCGGACCCAGCCCCAGCCAAGGUGGAAAAGCCAAAUAAGCGCCGGGCCAGCCGCGACGCCGGCAGCCUGCUCCCGCCUCGCCGCCUCCCCGGGGGGGGGGCCUCUGCCUUCCCACCCCCCACGCCAGGAGCACCCCAAGCCCCCUCCCACGCGUGAACCAGGUUUGGGGUUCCCGUGGGGUCCUGCGGCCCCCCGGGCUCUCCGACGCGCACAGAUCUCGCCCAGCACCUCGGUGCCUUCUCGGGGCGCGCGCAGCCAGGGGCGCUCGGGAAAGGCGCCGAGGCUGCCGGCCGGCCGCCCUCCAUCCCCAUCCAUGGGGAAGCCAAAGCCCCCAAGUACCCGCAGGGCCUGAGGCCACGGUGAGGGUCUCGCAUCAUACGUGUGCUCUGCCAGCCCUGGAACUUGAGGCUGCAUCUCCUGUUCCCAGCAGGGACGCGGGUGGCCCGGGGUCCCGGUGGGUCCCUUGGGUGCCGUGCAUCACCCGUGGGCCGGGGUACUCCCUCCACGGACUGUCAGGCGAAACGUUUCCUCAGGAGCAGGUUCUGGGUCAGCGCCAGAACCGGAGCCAGAGCCGGGGUUCCCCCCCCCCACCCCGGCCGCAAGCACAACACCAUCCGCUUCGUCCCCGUCCCCGUCCCCCUCCUGCCCCCUCCUCGAGACUCGCUGGGUUUGUUUAUCGGGGGGGAACCGUUGUGGACAGUGGUGGAUUUUCUGUGCCGUGUGGUUGUAGUGCUUAGAGACCCCCCCCAGCGUGCGGCCCCCUCCCGCUGCGCCCCCCGCCUCCCCGCUGCCCGGUGCUGGCUGGCAUGCGUGUGCGAGCGUGUGUGCGUGCGACAUCCCGUCAUCACUAGAGACAAAGCGAAUAAUAAUAAUAAUAAUAAUAAUAAUAAUAAUAAUAAAAAUAAAAUAAAUGAAUAAUAAAAAUAAACCAAACCUCUCUCAGGAAGAAGCCGCCCCGGCGGCGGCCAAGCGGGCCGGGGGCCCCCGGAGCCGGCGGGGCCCCAGCGCAGCCUGUGGAUGGGCACCAGCGCUCGGGGUCACCUUUGUAGUGUUGUGUUAGUGAAGGGUUCCUGUAUCUGUUGUCUUGGAGAAAUAGGCUUUUAGCUGAGGGGCAGCCCCGGCCCCCUGUCCCGUCCCGGCGGGGGGGUGCGAAGCGGCCGGCUCUGGCUCUGCGGAAGCUCGGCUAACGGUUAUCCUGACUGUUGUGACUAUGGAAUAAAGUGUGUUGGUCUGCUG